UGUAGACAGACAUUCUGCAAUGGGCCACUGGGGUAAUAAGAGCAAAAUCACGUGAUACUUGAUCAAUUUUUAGACAUGGCAUUGGUGGCCCAAGCCUGCAUUUUCACGCGUACGAGGGAGCACCUACUUCCCACCUGUUGUUUCGACAUUAUCAACACGCUUUCCCUUCACAUCACGCGAUAACCCAAGCCCGCCUACAUCAAAAUUUGAACCAUCUUUUCUUUCUGGAUAAACCUCAAUGCCUCCUAAACCUAUCCCAGAAUAUCCUCCCGGAUCGAUUGUGUUUGCUAAAUUACGAGGUUACCCAUGGUGGCCCGCUCGGGUUGAAGACGAAUCAAAACUUCCCUCCAAAGUGUUGCAGUCAAAGGGGAAGAAUAAGACCCCAACGUGGACGGUGUUUUUCUUUGGCUCAAAGGACUAUGGAUUUUUUGGAUCGGAUAGCAUUCGACCCUUUGAUCGUGACACCGUCGAGCGAGAUCUCAAGGCGAAUAAGUUCAAAACAAAGGAUCUAACCACUGCGAUCCAACAGGCGUUAGAUCCGACUGAAUUUGACAAGGAAGUGAAACAAUUGAGAGAUGCGCAGCGAAAGGAAGAGGGACAAGAACGAAAGGAAGCAGCAAAAUCAAAGAAAAAGCAGCCAGCAGCCAAGAAGGAACCAUCUCCUGCCAAGAAAGCAACACCUGUCAAACCGACUGCGGAGAACAAGACAAGGGCUGCUGCAGCUCCCAAAGCUACUAAAGUGCAGGACAAACCACAAGAGAAACCACAGGAUAUAAUACCGGCAGCCUCUUCUUCAAGAAAGCGUAGAGGUACCCAAGCACGAGAAGUGUCGGAUGCUACAGAUAAUGCAAGGGACAAUAAGCGAAGUCGUAUUGCACAAGUCAAAGAUGAACCUAAGCCUGCCCCACCGGCUACGAACGGAGACAAAAAACCUGCUGCAGCUGUCACCAAGGCAGUUGAGGUCGAGUCGAGCAAAGCUUCCAAGAGCCCAGAGCUCGGAGGUGGAAAGGAAAUUCAUGAUGGCAAAAAGUCACAGAAGAAACUAUAUCAUCUUAGACAUAAGCUGCAAAAAUUGGUCUAUGAGAGGAAAGAGGAGGAGAUCACGUUGGACGAUUAUACCAAAAUUGAUGGUGUCCUGACUGAAAUUGAAGCUUUACAAGGCGAGGUGACUUACGAAAUACUCAAGGAAACUAAAAUUGGCAAGGUGAUGAAGAACGCUUGUGCACAUAGCUUUGCGAGUGAUAGCAAGUACAAGCUUAGAGACAGAUGUGUUCAGCUUAUGAAGAAAUGGAAAGUAGUCUUACUGGCUGGAGCGGCGGAGGAGAAGGCCUCGGACGAAAAAAAGACGGCCGAAAAGGGACUUCAUGUCAAGUCUACAGAGCAAGCUGGUGGAUCACCAAAGCUCACCAGUGCAGAAAAGCAAAAGGAUGAAAUAGCAAAACAGUUGGCUGUAGAACAAGCAGUAGUGCCUUCGGUGCCAACUACUGAGCCUCCACAACCACUUGUGUCAGAUCCAGCAAUACAUCCACCACAGAAGAACAAUACAGAAAUAAAAGUGGCCUCCAUAACAAAAGAGGUUGACAUGCAAGAAGUCUCAAAAGAAGGGCUAUUACAGGAAAAUACCUUGAUGAUGGGUCAAGCCACCACCACCGUCACAGAUAUUCAUGGCAAGGACACCUCAAGUCAACAACACGGAAUAGAGUAUGCUGACACGAACCAGUCAGUCGACACAAUUAUGGAUGAGGCUUCACAUGGAACUCUGCCCUCGGCAAUGGUAGCUGAUGCACCCUCUUCUGUAAACCUAGCAGCUGACCCUACGCUCGAGCUGCUUGGAUCAUCAACAACAUGAAGACAGAAAAAGAGAGUCGUAAAUGUUCCACUAUUCCCUACCGAUACUUCUCCUUUUCCCAUCUCUUUUUCCAUUUUCUGUCACAACCCUGGUAUUUUUUCUUUUCUUUUUUUUUUCUUCCUGAAUUUGUUGGCUGGAUUGAGACGAUGAAUUUCGCGUUUCAGCGAAUGUGCCUGUGAUCAACUUCUGGGGAUGUAACAUUUGUGAAUAUUGCUUUGGAUUUUUGAUCACCCUGCCGACAUCCCCCACGUCUUAUUUCCUUCUUCUUCAUUAUAUCUUUUACAACCCAACUUUUCUUCCAAAGAUAACUUGAGUAAAAAGAAAACAGGUAUUACAAUGGGUCUGUAUUGUUUGA